UUGUUAAAAUCGUCGACAAACGCAAAUCUUUAUACACUUUUUCAGCGCUACCGAACUGCAGCGAGAAGUAAGAUGAUGCCGAGAUCCGUUUUAUCCAGGUGCGCGCUCUUGGCACAGCAGGUGCCUCUGGAAUGUGCGCUCUCUUCCACGCGCGGAAUGUCUUCUAUCACCAUCCCACCUCCAGCGUGCAUGCUCCGGCCGCUCGAGACACCUUUCCGAUACCUUUUUGGGCCUGGACCCUCAAAUGUGCCGCCUCGUAUUUUAGCGGCAGGAGGGAGACCCAUCAUAGGUCACAUGCAUUCAGAAAUGUUUGGGAUUAUGGAUGACAUCAAGAAGGGAAUCCAGUACGCCUUUCAGACCAAUAACAACAUGACGUUGGCUAUGAGUGGCUCUGGUCACACAGCUAUGGAGUGCGCGGUGUUCAACAUUGUGGAACCCGGAGAGAACGUGCUCGUGGCAGUCAACGGAAUCUGGGGUGAACGAGUGGCAGAAAUUGCUGAGCGAAUGGGUGCAAAGGUUCACAGCUUAAAUAAAGCACCUGGAGGACAUUUUACAAAUGCAGAAAUUGAGCAGGCUCUGUCUAAACAUAAGCCAGUGCUCUUUUUCCUCACGCAUGGAGAGUCUUCUUCUGGUCUGGUACAUCCAGUUGACGGUGUUGGUGAUUUGUGUCACAAAUACAACUGUUUGCUCUUAGUGGAUUCUGUUGCAUCAUUGGGAGCCGCACCACUUUUAAUGGACCAACAAAAAAUUGAUAUUCUGUAUACUGGAUCCCAAAAAGCUUUGAAUGCCCCUCCUGGCACAGCACCCAUUUCAUUCAGUGAAAGAGCAUGCCAUAAGAUGUUCAAUAGGAAAACAAAGCCAGUGUCAUACCUGCUUGAUAUGACCCACUUGUCCAAUUACUGGGGCAACGAUGGCAAGCCAAACAGAAUUUACCAUCACACAGGGCCAGUGUCUGGGUUCUUUGCCCUGAGGGAAAGCCUGGCCAUACUUGCUGAAACGGGCCUUGAAAACUCAUGGAGACAUCACAAAGAAGUUGCACAGUAUUUCUGGAAGGGCUUAGAAGACCUCGGUUUAAAGUUGUUCAUCAAGGACGAGGAUUUGAGAUUACCAUCAGUUACCACUAUUGCAAUUCCUGAGGGCUAUAACUGGAAGGAAAUGCUGACUUACAUCAUGAAGCAUCAUCAGAUGGAGUUUACAGGAGGUCUAGGCCCUUCUGUUGGCAUGGUCAUGCGAAUUGGUCUCAUGGGAUACAACUGCAACAAAGCCAAUGCUGCGAUGGCUCUUGCAGCUCUGGAAGAUGCUUUAAAGAACUGUCGAAAGACCAAAAGUUAAAGAGUGACUACAGAGGAAUUUAAAUGUGUCUUAUCUGCAGAUCCUUGUAUAAAGGCAAUCCAUCAUAUUAAUGUUUCACCACUAAAUUAAAGGUGAUGUGUGUACAUUUUUCCAUGUUAAAAUACGUUGUCCUAUAUCCUCCUAAUAUGCAAAGUAUUUUUGUUAUCUGUAAACUGUGUGACUCUGUGGUGCUAUUAUGACACUGCUCUGUUUAUUUGAGCAUUCAGCCCAAUCAAUGGCCUGAGUUCAGGAGGGAUAUUUGUUUGUCUGACCAAUGGGAAACGAAGAAAGUGUCUGUACAUGGUCGAUUAUUGUGUCUGGUGUCACAAGUGAUGUAGCAAUUAUGCACUUCUCCUUUAAAAUACAAGAUAUGUAAAGGAAGAGUUGUUAUUUUAUAUAUAAAUAUAUGAUGUUUUCACUUAGUUUGUGUAAAUGGAGAGAAGUAAUAAUUUUAGCUGAUUUAAAAUGAUACAAACAAUCAUGUCAAUAAAAACCAGAACAGGCAUAUGUUGACCCAAAA